GUGGCCCUUAUAAACCCAACAUAGAAAGAACGGACAAUCUGCUUCAUAUAUUGAAGACGUUAACUACCAUGGUAUGAGGUCGUGUGAAGCUGUUGCUGCUUUUUUUUCAUUAAAAUGAUGGAUGUUAAGAGCGCUGUCAACACCUUCCUAAAAUCAAAGCAUAUACAAGUACCUGAUGAGUGGCUGACGGAAUGUAUUCAGUGGGUUCGGUCAGAAAAUACCAAUCAGAAUAUCAACAGUAGCCAAAAUGUCCCAGAAAAGGUCUAUGAGCAAUGGCUGUACUGUGAUCUGACAGAGCUAGCAACCUGUUGUUUGCCCUUUGGUUUACAGCAAAAAAAAGCUACCACCAUUACUGGUCACUUUGCCUUGCAGGUGAACCAGAUUCGUGAUGUUGGCCAAGCAGCUUAUGCCCAGUUGCUCAGAAUUCAAGGUGCAGAAACAGCAAAUUCAGAUGUAUCAGCUGAAAACUCAUAUCAGCCAGGUUGGGAGCCAAAACCAACUAGAAUGUUGGUGCUACAGCUAACAGAUGGCACGAGUGUAGUGCAGGCUAUGGAGUACCGCUUAAUACCUAGACUUAAUGCCAACCUGAAGCCUGGCUCAAAGAUCUUGAUAUCCGGAACUAUACAGGCACGCCGUGGCAUAUUGCUCUUGACUCAAGAGCACAUAACCAUUUUAGGAGGGGAGAUUGAAACCUUGCUUAUUCCAAAUGCCUUGGAAAACAUUCUUGCUAGGCAAUUAGGGACUGAGGAAAAUGAGAUGCCAAGAGAGUAUGUAGACACAGCCUCUACCCAGGUAGCUCCAAGUCAGACCACCCAGUAUUACCCUUCCCAGCUUAAUGCAGCUUCUACUAGAUCUCAGAAUUCUUGGCCACCUACAAGAGGAGGGACACAGGCUUCAACUAGAGGUAGAGGCCAGGCUAGCAUAGCUGCACCUUCAAGCAAUAGCUUUGAUGAAUUGGGUGAUGAUGAUUUUCUUGAUGCAGACUUUGAAGCUGCUAUAAGCCAAAUUGAAAAUCAAGCAUUGCCACUUUCUGCAGCUAAUUCCUCAUCUUCAGGGCUAUCAAACAAAUCAUCCACAGCUAUGUCAAAAACAAGGUCUAAUACGGCUGGAGACUUGAGUACCAGUAAUGUUAUUUAUAAGAAUAGUAAUGAAUCAAGCAGAAAAAUUUUGAACCUAACUAAUACUAUAAAUACAUCAGAAAGUAAUACAGACAUGGAAGUGAGAAACAUGGAUGAUGAUAUAAUUAUUGAUGAUGACAUCUUCAGUGAUGAUAUUGAUGAUGAACUCCUACUUUCUGCAGAAGGACAGGUUGAUAAAUUGAUACCAAAUUCAGCAGUGUCAACAUCAACAAAAAGAAUGCGUCAGGACACCACUAAAUGUGAUGAAAAGUCAUCAGAUCUUGCAAAACAAUCUAGUAGUUUUUCUAACUUGUCUACAACUUCAAAAAAUCAUUCAUUAACAGGUAUUAGACAAGCUAGCACUUCUUGUAUUAGCACACUAACACCAAAUAUUAAAAAGGUGCAGCCGGUAACUAAUAAAUUAAGUAAAUUAACAACACUUCAGAAACACAGCAAACAGCAAGCAAAGCAAUCGAGCCUAAAGAGUUUUUUAACCCAGUUACCAAGUCAGUCUUCCGGAAGUAACAGUUUGUCAAAUUCCAAAACCUUCCAGCAAGAUAAUCAAGUUCAAGAUGAUUUUCAGGAAGAAUUUUUUUCAGAUUCUGAAAUGACAAUAAUGUCAGAUUCAUUGGACAUGGAAACCUCUUGUGCAGCAACUUCUUUGUCUUCGGAAUUGAAACUGAAAGUAACACCUUCAAUAAGUAGUCACUUUGAGCAACCUGCUACUAAAGCACCACAGAUAAAAUACAAUGAGAGUUCUUUAUUAUUAAGUAAAAAUAUAGCACAAAUAAUUAAGCAAGAGCCACCUUUUACAUAUCUCAUCCUCUUACCAGAGAAACCAUCUGUUACUCAGGAAUUUGUAGUGAAGGGUUUUAUCAUGACUUUAGUAUCUCGUCUGGAACAAUCAGCAGGGACGUGGAAACUCACUGUUAUGAUCAACGAUGGAACAGCCUCAUGUGAGGCAGAUGUUGAUGACCACGUUCUUCAGGAACUCAUAGGCAUGAGUGUAGAAGAAAUGAUUCAGAAGAAAAUUGAAGCCAAGAGCAAUCCAGUCCUCAAAUCACAGCUUGUCAAGAACGUUGGUGGGUGUCAACAGAAGCUGAUCUCCUUGUGCAGUCUCCUUCACCUGCGAGUGUCUGCAGACUAUACAAGACCAAGACUCACAGCCAUAACUUCUCUUACUACCACUGUGGCUCACCAACUUACCAAAAGAUUAUCUCUGAACUCAUGAAAACUUCUAGUUUAGUUAUUAAUUUUUUAUUGUACAACUGAAUUUUGAUAUAAUUCAACAUUUUUUAAAAUGGAAAUACUAAAUAUAUUUAUCCAAAAUGAGAUCACUAAAAAUGCCCUUUCUAAUUUUGUUGUCCUCAGCUUAAAUGCCCUUUCUAAUUUUGUUGUCCUCAGCUUAAAUACUUUUAUGUCAACAUGCAAGAGAACAAAUAAUUUAAGGUAUAAUAAAAUUCUUCCUUCACUAUUAUAAACGAAAACUAUAUAGAGAAAGGGGUGAUUAUCUCGUCUGAUUAAUGUCUGAAAGGCAUCAUUGUGAUAGCCAUACAACUCUCAAGCUAUCUGCUGCUCAGUACUCUUAUUAUUUUUGGAGGGGGGAGGUAGGAAUCUACUUUCCUAAAUAGCAUAAUGACAGAUUUUUUGAUGCAUUGAUAUGCCUGUUAGUUAAUCAUAGUUGCUGUGCAAGAAAAGUACUGUAAUAUAUUUUUAAUUUAGCUUUAUUUACAAUUUUGCUGUUCACCUAAAACUUCUACACCAAUUAUUUUGUUGGGGGUCCAAAGUGUUGUCAGUUACAGCAUUGCCUGGGAGUUAAACUGAUCUCCCUAAAUUAUAGUCAACCAGUGUUCUCAGUAUAUUGCACUGUUGAAGAUUCCUUACAGUAUAAAAUGAGCUUAAGGAUAUUGCUUGGAAAAUGGCAUUUAAGUUGACAUCAAAUAUUUUCCUCACGUUCUCCAAAGACUAUUUUACAGAGGUUGUGUAAGAAAGAACAAUAGUACUGCACAGGGCCAGAGUAAGGCAUGGGUUUUAGGGCCUGCAGCCCAGGGGUGUCUGCCAGUUGGAGGGCCUCCAGAGAUUAAGUGAAAAGUGAAAAGGGGAAUGAAUAAUGUUUUCUCCCUCAAAAGGACAUGCAUAUUAUGCUUGCCUUCUCUUUGAGGGUAUACAUGAAUCAAAACUUUUUUUUCUUUUGAAAAUAUCACUUGGGCCCUCACAGUACCUGUAGCCCAGGGGCCUCUCAGUACCUGUAGCCCAGAGGCCUCUCAGUACCUGUAGCCCAGGGUCCUCACAGUACCUGUAGCCCAGGGGCCUCACAGUACCUGUAGCCCAGGGGCUUCACAGUACCUGUAGCCCAGGGGCCUCAGUACCUGUAGCCCAGGGGCCUCACAGUACCUGUAGCCCAGGGGCCUCACAGUACCUAUAGCCCAGGGGCCUCACAGUACCUGUAGCCCAGGGGCCUCACAGUACCUGUAACCCAGGGGCCUCACAGUACCUGUAGCCCAGGGGUCUCACAGUACCUGUAGCCCAGAGGCCUACAAAAUCUUAGUCCAGCUCUGAUCCUGUAGUAUGAAUCAAGUUACUAAUGUUGAUGAGCCAUAAUAUUAUGUCACUUACAGCAUGCAGCUUAUGUUGACCAUUACUAGUAGCUGUGAAUCUCAGUGACAGAGCAUAAAGAAAAUAACUUUUGAAAGUACUGUAAUAUUUCCACAGGAAAAUAUACAUUUAUAAAUUGGUAAAAUUUAAUUUUAAUAGUUUACAUAAAAAUAUAUUCUUCUGUACAUAUAAAUUAUAUAUGCAGCCUCUCUUCAAUUAGUGACAUACUCGUUUACCAAUGACUCAGACUUACGAUGAGCUCUCUGACAAGUAUGCAUACCUAAAUAAUGUAUAUUAGAGCUGAUUUCGUCGAUUCUGUUUAUUACAAUAUACAGUACACUAUAUAAAAAUAUACUAAAAAUGUUAUAAAUGGUGCAAGGGUGACAUUAAAGCAAUAUCAAAGAUGGUUUACAUAAACCCACUACUGUUAUUGUAUGCUCCUCGUUUAGCAACGAAUUUGUUUACCGAUGUGGUAUUAGGAGUGAAACGCUGUCGUUAAGUGAGGUGGGGCUGUAUAUGUAUAUACAUGUCAUGCCAAAUAGGCAAAGUUGGUCAAUUAGCAAGAACUCGUUUAAAAUUAAGCCCUUUCUAAAAGUUUCUCUUAUAUGUUUAGCCCUUUCAGGGUCCGUCCCGUAGAUCUAUGAUUUUACGUUCAGGGUCCAAACCGUAGAUCUACGCCAUGAGCUCAGCUCACUCUGAUAAACUGUGAGUGGUACAUUUGGGCCUAGAUAUGAGAGAAUACAUCUUAUGUGGUAUGUGUGCACCACAUAAAACAAAUCCUGCAGUACACUGUGUAUAAUGAGAGAAAAAAACUGAGACCAUGAUUUUCGAUUAAAACAGCGACUUUGCAGUGUUUUUUCGUAUGUUUUUUAUAGUUGUAUUUGCGAUUUCUUGGUCUCUUUUGAUAUAAUGGAGACCCUAUUACAGAAAUAAAGAUGAU